UUUCAUCACAAAACCUCUCUCUCUCUCUCUCUCUCUUAAAAAAAAAUCAGUGUUGUUUCAAAAUGGAUCGUAACAGUGUCUUCACUCUCGCAUUCAUCUGCAUUGUAGUCGCCGGCGUCGGAGGCCAGUCACCUUCAUCAGCGCCUUCCAAAUCACCAUCAACCCCUGCUACCACCCCUCCAGUUUCAACGCCGGUUGCAGCACCUUCCAAACCAACCUCACCAGCUCCCAUUGCUUCUCCCAAAUCAUCUCCUCCAGCUUCAUCCCCCAAAGCCGCCACCUCACCUGCUCCGGCGACCAAACCUCCAGCAUCAUCUCCACCGGCGGCGACACCAGUCAGUACACCACCGGCGAUCACACCAGUUAGUGCUCCACCGGCACCAGUUCCGGUCGCCUCACCACCAACCCCUGUUCCUGUAAGCUCACCACCAGCAGCUGCACCAGUGGCGGCGCCGACCACACCGGAAGUUCCAGCUCCGGCACCGAGCAAGUCAAAGAAGGGAAAGAAGAAGCACAGUGCUCCAGCACCAUCACCAACAUUGAGUAGUCCUCCUGCACCACCAACAGGAGCUCCUGGACCCAGUGAAGAUGCGUUAUCACCUGGACCCGGUUCUGCUAACGAUGAGAGUGGAGCAGAAACCAUCAGGGGCAUGAACCUGCUAGGAGGCCUAGCUUUGAGCUGGAUUGCAGUUGUUUUGAUAUUCUAGAUAUACUCCGUUCCUCGUAUCAUAUACUCUUGUAGCACUUCUUUCUCCUUCCUUUUUCUUCUUAUUUUUGGCCCUGUUAUGGGUACGCAUUUCAUUACAUUACAUUUAUUUACAUUUGUUACCUUCAGACUCCGGUUAUUAUUCUAUUAAUAUUGUCGUCGUUAUUCUUUUUUUACA